CAAAAUUCCUACAUAAUAUAUAAACUAUUAUAAAACGAUAAUGCAACUAAAAGACCAAAAAAAAAAAAAAAAACAGACUCAUACGUAACUGGUUGUAGCUUAAUUCGAAUUUGCUCUUUUUAUUGUGUUUAUAAAAAAAAAUAUAUUCCACAUUGGAAACCAGUAAUCAACCAAAAUGCAACUGUAUAUAACUUAGAUCUAUUAUUCAUGACCUAUUUUUAAAUUUUUCACAUCAUACCUUGUUUUGGAUUCGGGGGAAGCUCCAGAUUUGUUUGUUACAGAUCUACAUUUUAUGAAUUUGGAUUUCGAUAUUAGGGGGAGUUGUUUUGAUCGAAUAAAAUCGAAAAUAAAUGUGUAAUUUCAGUUUCUUCACAGUUUUUCUGGUUUUUUUUUCGUCACUUUCUGUUUAGAUCGUUGCAUGUCUUCUUUUUCAGUUGAUUUUGCCAGAAUUAAUGGUGGUAUUUCUCUUGUUUCGGUUUCAUUUUGGUUGUGUUAUUGCUUUGAAUGAUCGAGGGCUGUUGUUCUUGAUCGUUCUGUUCCGUGCGGCUGAAGGUUUAGAAGAGGUGGUAUUUUUGUAAAUAUUUCUAUGUGGGCUGUAUAAAUGUUUAAAGGGUGGCCCAUAGUAAUUUUGUAAUUUUUUUUCCUUUUUUGUAUAUUCUUUUUUCCCCAUAAAAUAUUGAGUUAGUAAACUAAAUAAUGCCUAUAAAUAUAAAAAUUAAUAUUAAUUAACAUAUUUAUUAAUUUUAAUAUGACGUAAUAUACCCCUUUAAAAAAAUAAAAAUAAUACUCAUAAGUCUCACUCGUUUUCGGUUUUCUCUCUCUACCUUUAUUCCUCCUUGUAGUCUAGAAAUCUCUUUGUUUGUUUGUGAAUUGUGUCUGACCACCAUUUCUCUUUCCUCACUUUAAUCACCCUUUCAUUAAAAAUGGCGACUAAGCCGGAGAAGGAGUACCCUGUAACCUCAUUUCCUAAGCACUUCACCCUCCAAAUGAACCUCCCCGGACUCAUCUCACACUUUCUCAUCUUCGGCUCCGGUUUAGCCCUCGGCAUAACUCUCAGUUUUUACAUCAAGGAUUUACCACUCAUCAAUUUCCAUUACCGACAACAACCACUACUGCUAACAACAGCUACUCCUCCUCUCUCAAAACAAAAUCCACCUUUGAUUUUUUCACCUCCGACACUACCAUCUCUCUUAAUACCCAAACAAACGGUGUUUUCGAAUACUACUUCUUCUCGUACUACACCUGCUCGAAUUGGGUUGACGGAGUAUUUGAAACCGCCGAAUGUGAGUCAUGAUAUGGAUGAUGAUGAGUUGCUUUGGAGAGCUUCCAUGUCCCCGAAAUUACGAAAAACCCCUUUCCGUUUCACCCCGAAAAUCGCCUUCAUGUUCUUGGCGAGAGGAGCCUUACCGUUGGCUCCCUUUUGGGAUAGGUUCUUUAAAGGACAUGAAGGGCUUUACUCCAUUUAUGUUCAUUCUGAUCAUUCUUUCAACGACACAGUGCAACAAAACUCCGCCUUCUAUGACAGAAGGAUUCCUAGUAAGAAUGUGAGAUGGGGAGAUCCCAACAUGAUGGACGCAGAGAGGCGACUAUUAGCGAAUGCGUUACUUGAUUAUUCGAACCAAAGAUUUGUACUAAUCUCCGAGUCAUGCAUCCCUUUAUUCAAUUUCUCUACAGUGUAUAACUAUAUGAUGGACUCAACAAAGACCUUUGUAGAGUCAUACGACCUUCCUGGGGCCGUGAAUCAGGGCCGCUACAACAUUCGAAUGAGGCCACAGAUUAGGCUCCACCAAUGGCGAAAGGGCUCGCAGUGGUUCCAACUAGACCGGGCAAUAUCCAUCGAAGUUGUGGCUGACCAAAAAUACUUUCCAGUCUUUAAGAGGUUUUGCCAUGGUUCAUGUUACACAGAUGAACACUACCUGCCCACCUUUGUUAGUAUCAGAUUUUGUAGGAGAAACUCCAAUAGGACACUGACUUGGGUUGAUUGGACUAGAGGAGGACCCCAUCCAACUAGAUUUAUAAGACAAGAUGUCACUGUAGACCUCUUGAAAAGGUUAAGGCAUGGAAGCAAAUGUGAGUACAAUGGAAAACAUACUAAUGUAUGCCAUUUGUUCGCAAGAAAAUUCUUGCCUAAUACAUUGGAUAGGCUCUUGAGGUUUGGUCCAAAGCUGAUGCAAUUCAAUUAAUAAUUUUUAUAGGGUAAGAAUUUUGUCUCAAUUCGUUAUUUUAUGAUUAUCAUAUUUUUGUUUGUUCUUUCAUCAUCGUGUACUCUCACAAUUUAUUCUUUUGUUCUUUUUAUUUUUUAUUUUUUAUUUUUUUUAUGUAUGGGACCAAUAUAUAAAACUUUUCCCAACAUUAUUGUUACUAUUGUGAUUAUUGUUACAAAAUUCAUCAAUUA